UCUCUCUCCUUGACUCUAUAUAAUACUCCCAACUCUACUUUCUUCUUUCCUACACUCCCCCACCCUCUCCUUCUCUCUUUUUCUCCCUUUUUUGGUUCUUCCUUUCUCUCUGAUCACAUUUCGAAUCGGUGAGUCACAAUGUCACGACGAGGCGGUGGCAGGCAGCCCGAAUCUCGCCGGAACCAACCAUCUCCGGCGUCUUCAUCGUCUCAGCAAGGCGGUGGAAGAAGCAGAGGGGGUGGUGGCGGCAGUGGAGGAGGCCGUGGUAGAGGGGGAGGAGGGAGAGGCCGUGGUGGUCCUCCGCCAGCCUCUUCAAUACCGGCCAAUCCACCUCCGCCUACGCCUCCAAAGGCAGCUGAUUAUCCUGCUGCACCUUCACCGUCGGUUCAUAUUACGGCGGCUUCUUCAGCGCCAUCGAGCUCGGCUCCGCCGCCACCGGACACGAUUACGAUCUCGGCGGCUGCUCCGAGCAGUGAACUCAAGGAGCGGCUAACAUUGCAGGCUUCGGCGCCGCCGACUUCGUCGAAGGCCAUAUGCUGUCCGAAGAGGCCAGGAUUCGGUACCGCUGGCCGAAAAACCGUGGUCCGAGCUAAUCAUUUCUUGGUAGAAGUGGCGGACAGGGAUCUCUAUCAUUACGACGUGUCGAUAACGCCCGAGGUAACCUCUAAGAAAAUCAACAGGGAUGUAAUGAGGCAAUUAAUUGAGUUGUACGGUGAGUCACAUUUGGGAAGGCGAAGGCCCGCUUAUGAUGGCAGGAAGAGCCUAUAUGCGGCAGGUCCGUUUCCAUUUGAAUCCAAGGAAUUUGUUGUCAAGUUAGCUGAAAAUGACGAUCGACCUGCCCCAUCCGGUUCAGCGAGGAAAGAAAGACAGUUCAAGGUGGCAAUCAAGUUGGCUUCUAAAUCUGACCUUCAUCAUUUGAGGGAGUUUUUACGUGGUAGGCAGCUGGAUGUUCCGCAAGAGACAAUACAAGUUCUUGAUGUGGUCCUUAGAGAGGCACCAUCAAACAGGUAUACUGUUGUCGGGAGGUCAUUUUUUGGUUUAGAAUUGGGCCAGAAAGGUGAUCUGGGUGAUGGCCUUGAAUAUUGGAGAGGCUACUAUCAGAGUCUUCGGCCAACCCAGAUGGGGCUCUCUCUUAAUAUUGAUGUGUCUGCCCGAGCUUUCUACGAAUCAAUUCUCGUGACAGAAUUUGUGGCAAAAAAUUUUAAUAUCAAUUUUUCAAGGCAUCUGUCUGAUCAUGAUCGUCUGAAGAUUAAAAAAGCUUUGAGAGGAAUAAAGAUAGAAGUUACUCAUACGGGGUAUACCAAACGAUACAAAGUGACUGGGGUAUCAACACAAACAAUUAGCCAGUUAAUGUUUACUCUGGAUGACAAGAAAACAAAGAAGUCGGUUGUUCAAUAUUUUCGUGAGAGAUAUAAUAUUGGGCUUCAGCAUGUGUCGUUGCCUGCCCUUCAAGCUGGGAGUGAUGCAAGUCCUAUUUAUUUGCCCAUGGAGCUUUGUAAGAUUGUUGCUGGACAGAGGUACUCUAAGAGAUUAAAUGAAAAACAAGUAACUAACCUAUUAAGAGCAACUUGCCAACGGCCUCAACAAAGGGAAGGUAGUAUCAAGGAGAUGGUUAUGCGGAAUAAUUUUAGUGGGAACGUGCUUGUAAACGAGGAAUUUGGUAUUAAAGUAAAAGAUGAACUUGCUGUGCUUGAUGCUCGAGUUUUGCCAUCUCCAGUGAUUAGAUACCAUGAUACUGGUAGAGAACAAAGGGAACAGCCCAGGAUGGGACAGUGGAACAUGAUGAACAAGAAAAUGAUUAAUGGUGGUAGAGUGGACUUCUGGACAUGUGUGAACUUCUCUGCACGAGCGCACAGGGAUUUGCCUUAUCAUUUCUGUGAGCAAUUGAUCGAUAUGUGCAGCAGCAAAGGAAUGGUUUUCAAUCCAGAACCCUUGGUUCCCAUACGUACAGCUCAAUCUGGUCAAAUUGAGAGGGCUCUCAUGGAUAUUCACAAACAAUGUGUGGAAAAAUUUAAACAAAUUGGUGUGGCAAAUAAGCAACUCCAACUGUUGAUAAUUAUUUUGCCUGAUAUCAAGGGGUCGUAUGGGAAAAUUAAACGAAUCUGUGAAACUGAACUCGGAAUUGUUUCUCAGUGCUGUCAGCCCAGGCAGGCAUCGAAGCCUAACAAUAAUCAGUAUCUUGAGAAUGUAUCCCUCAAGAUUAAUGUGAAGGUUGGGGGACGUAAUAGUGUGCUACAUGAUGCUAUUCAAAGAAACAUUCCUCUCUUGACAGACCGUCCUACAAUUGUAUUUGGUGCGGAUGUGACACAUCCACAACCAGGGGAGGACUCUAGUCCUUCAAUAGCAGCGGUAGUGGCUUCCAUGGAUUGGCCGGAGGUUACUCGGUAUAGAGGAAUUUUCUCAUCACAAACUCACCGUGAUGAAAUUAUACAAGAUCUCUAUAAAUCAGUACAAGAUCCUCAAAGGGGUUUAGUUCACCAAGGAAUGAUUCGAGAACUGCUUAUUGCAUUCAGAAGAUCAACCGGACAUAAACCCCACAGGAUUAUAUUUUACAGGGAUGGUGUAAGUGAGGGACAAUUCAGUCAAGUUCUGCUUUAUGAGAUUGAUGCAAUAAGAAAGGCCUGUCUCUCACUAGAGGAGGGAUAUCUACCUCCAAUUACCUUUGUCGUAGUUCAGAAAAGACAUCAUACACGCCUUUUCCCUAUGAAUCAUAAUAGUCGUGAUCAGACAGACAGGAGUGGCAACAUUCUUCCAGGUACUGUUGUUGACUCCAAGAUUUGUCAUCCAACAGAAUUUGACUUUUACCUUAACAGCCAUGCUGGAAUUCAGGGAACUAGUAGGCCCACUCAUUACCAUGUCUUGUAUGAUGAGAAUAGAUUCACUGCAGAUGCCUUACAAAUGCUGACAAACAAUUUAUGUUACACGUAUGCAAGGUGCACUCGAUCUGUUUCCAUAGUUCCUCCUGCAUAUUAUGCCCACUUGGCAGCUUUUCGGGCACGCUAUUACAUAGAGGGCGAGACAUCAGACAGUGGUUCUACAAGUGGGAGUGAGAGCAGAGUGGAGUUCCGGCCCCUUCCUCUAAUCAAGGAUAACGUGAAAGAUGUGAUGUUUUAUUGCUAAGUUAUUUAUAACUUCGUUUUGGAUGAUGAAGUUCAAAGCUAGCCCUUUUGUUUCCAUCUUUUGUUAAUAUGUGCUCCCAUCCCUUCUUUGGUGCUUUGGAAUUAAAAAUGGAGACUAUUGAGCAGACGGUUUUUGGUGUUUCACCAUAGUGUUUUGAAACGAAGAAUGGAGAGUAUCAAAUAUAUGCCGGUUUUCUGUGUUUUUUUUUUUUAUAGAUACAUAUCUGUUGAUAUGCUAUAGUAAUAGUAGUAACAGUUGCAAAGGUGUUUAGGGUAUAAUUAUCCAUGUUCAGCUGGCAUUGCUAUGUACUCUUGAACAAUAGUUUCAAUGUCAUACAUGAACUUCCUUCCUGAAAGAAAAGUUGAAUGUUCUUCUCCUUCUCAA